AUGGGGACGCAAUCCUCCACGACGACUCUGUUUGCGCAGAGCAGAGCAGGACAAUCCCCUCCUUGCCUGCCUGGUGAUGCUGUCCCUGAUGGCCCCAGGACAGGGCUGGCCCUGCUGGCUGCCAGGGCACUGCUGGCUCUCAUUCCACUCUCAGAACCUCCAGGUCCCUUUCUGCAGUGCUGCUCUCCAGAUGCUUUCCCCCCAGUCUGUUUGUACAUCCGGAAUUGCUCCAUCCCAGAAAAUUCUAAGCUGAGACAUGUAGAAAAAGAUGUUUUGAUUCCACAAAUAAUGAGGGAUCGAGCCAAGGAGCUGUGUUCAGAUAAGGUGCAAGCAUUUACUAAAUGCUGUCAAGAAACUGGUGUUCUGAUGGUGGUGAAGUGUCGGCAGGAGAACGCAGCACUGAAGGACUGUCUGGUUGGCUACUAUUCUGAUCCAUCAUUCUAUGAAGAAUGCAAAGCAGAAUAUUUGAAGCAAAGAGAAGAGUACAGAGCAACUGGAAUUAAGAAAAAAAGACAGAAGUUUACUCAGAAUGUGUGAUUAAAACUUAAAAUGAACUUUUUUUAUAUGCAAUAUAGAUUUCACUUGAUUUAAACAGACUUAAAUUGUCUGCACCACUCUAUGUGGAGUUUAACUGAAAUACACAAAAUGAGAUUAAUGGAGAAUAAAAUAAUGUCUGAAAUUAAGAGUCAACUUUAAAACUUUUCAUAAUUAAAGAUCUGGAGCAUGCUGUCACAGCUUGCAAGAGAAGUGGCAAAGGUGUGUUCCCCUAUCUAGACUUGAGAUUUUGUUACCAGUGUACAAUUUGGAGUUUAUAAUUCCAGCAUGUCCAUUUGGAAUUUAAAGCCUAUAUCUAGCUGCAUGAGCCAGGCUCCAUAAAAACAUAAGGGUGAAUAAUUUAAGUUGUAUUAACUGGUCACAGAUUGGGUGUACACUGAAGGUGGUCUGUUAGUCAUCACCUGAAGCUGACUGUAUGGAGAUGCCCUUACUAGAAGAGGAGGGUGGCAAAUGUGGAGAAUUACUCAAUGUGAAUUACCCUUUUCAUCAAGAUGUUGUCAGAUGAGAGCCUGGCAGUACUUGUGCCUGCACUGUAACUCAUUUUUAAGUCUACACUGUGACUCACUUUCAAGCCUACAGUGUCAGAAAGGAUGGAUGGAUGCCUUGUGCUUGUGUGUGGCCCUGACUGUCCAUUUCAGCUCUAGGGGAGACAGUAAUCUCAUCCAGACCUUCCUUGAGAACAGGGAAUGAGCUGCCAUGCUUCAGGAGUCAGAGAGUGACCAAACUUGCAAAAUUAUCCCAGGUAGAGGUGAGAAAAGAACGAAACCAGGCACAGAAGAUGCAGAUCACUUUGCAGGAACUAAGCAGGUCCCUAAUUUAAAAAGAGCAUACAAACAUUCUUUUGUGUACUGAUACUUGAAGCUGCUUAAUUGUAGUUAAUUAAUUAAAUUAUUAAAAAAUUAAUUGUAAUUGCUUAAAUGACUUCACUUAUGGCUUCACUUGGUGAUACUAAUAGAAAGUUUUAGAAACUAUCUUGGAGUAUCAUCCAAACAUUCUGAAAUAAAAUGAAAUUGUUUAAAAGCAAUGAAAGGCUGCACUUACACUUGGUAACUUUAAUGCUCUGAUUAAAUUUAAAAAAGUAAUUUUCUGAGUAAGGAAUAGGAUUUGAUACUUAUCCAUUAGAAGAGGCAACAUUUUACUUGUUUAUUUUAAUACUGCUUCACCACAAACAGUGUUCCUCUGUUCAGGGAGGCAACUCUGACACAUGUAUAUGAAGGACUUAAUUCUGCAGAUCAGUCAUUGCCCUUUAUUCUGUGCCUGUUACUGGAAUAAUCAUUAAUAAUGUUGCUGCAGUAGAUUGGGUGCAGGACUGGACUUGUGAGGGACAAACUGAAAAGAUGUGCAGCAUUCUGCCUUGUAAGGCAAACUUAAAUGGCACUCAGCUCUAAAAGUAACCACCUUGAAACAGCUUAUGUGGAACAGUGUCCUACACGUGUUCUCAGCUUCUUAUCUCAAGCGUUUUGGAAAACCAAAAUUUUCCUAAUAAGUUGUUUUGCUGUAUGUAUUUUUAAAAGGAGGAAAUUUAAAUUAGAUUGUGUUUCUAAUGACAGUGACUGUUCUUCUGUCCCACUAUGAAAAUCUGCUCUAUUUUCAACCUGUGGAAAGCCAGCAGGAAUUGACCCUUGGAUCAUGCAUCAGCUUCCUCUAUAAUAGACCUCAGGCCUUAUUUCAUGUGAUGUUCCCUAGCUUUGAAUUCUUGGUUUCACACCUUUCAUUUUCUUAGUAUCUUGUGCAUAUCCUGUACUUGAAUUGCAUUUACAUCUUUUAUUUAAAGUUUAAAUGAAAGAAUGAGUACCAUGACAUGACAAACUCAUACCACUGAAUUACUUUUGGUUUUGGUUUUGUCUCAGCCAUAAACUCUCCUUCCUACUGAGGUUAACUGGAGGCAGCCCUGGAUUCUAAUCAGUGUAAGAAAACACAGCACAGGGGCCUAUCUGUCCUCUUCAGAGCACUUGGCAGGCACCCAAGACACCCCCAUUUUUCACUGGAGGCUGUAUUAAAGGUCUCUUCAAACUCCUGAGGGGAGCCCCCUACAAAUGGAAGAUAUGAGAGGAAAGAAGGAGAAGGUGUCACUUACUGAUUUAGAAGUUUGCCUUCAGACACUAAAACCCAAACUCAGAGGGAAUCUGAGGGGCAAUUUGUAAUGCACAGAUUUUUUAAAGGGCAGUGGAACAGCCACUGCAGUCUGAGACAGCACCCAGAAAUUAACAUGCAAGCCAGAAACCCAUUCUGCUCCACAUUUGGCACAGCCAUAUUCCUCCUCAGGUAAUUCCUGUAGGAAAUUCCUCUGUCCUGUUCACUCUGCUGAUCAAGAAAUGGUCAAAUACACUUGCACUGUAAGUGAUCCACCUAGGUAAAAAUUGGUUCAGUAACAGUAAGCACCUGGGUGUUUCUUGCAUGUUUCUCCCUAGAUCAAACAGCCAUACUCAAACAUAAUCAUCUUACCACUUUGAUUACUGUAUCUUAAUGUUUGACUUGCUCUUUUCCAUCUUAAAAUACAAUUAAAUUAAUUUUGCUGGACAGUUAC